AUGAAAACUGUAAAUCAUAGUUUUCAAUCUAUUCCUUAUAUUAAAAAAUAUUUUAAAUUUAAUAAUAUUACUGAUAUUGUAAAUUGUUCUAUAAAUAUUGAUUCUAAUAAUAUUUCAAAUUUUAUUUAUAAAGAUUAUGCAACACUUAAUAAUAAUCUUGAUGAUGAUGACAUUAUUAUCAAUGAGGAAGGAUAG